GUCGCGCCGCGACCUCGUCGUUCUUUCAUUUACUUACGGUUCGGCGCGUCACCGUUUCGCGUCCCUUUGUUGUGUUGUUUUUUUUUUUCCAAUGCUUUUUUUUUUAAUUCCCUGCAACAAUGCAAUGACCGUGAAAUUUUCGUAACCAGUCGAGUCGCGGGAUUGUGCAGUGAAAAGAAAAGAAAGGAAACAAAAAAAUACUGCAAAAUCGUGAAAUUUUUCAUGACAAGUAAGGUAAAGAGAAAGUGCGCGCGCGGUGCUCCGGUGGAAUUAGAAAUGAGUAGAUAAACAAAAACACACACUCACACAAGCAGACAGACAGAGCCAUCCGGGGUACACACACAUGUAGAAAGCGCACACAACACGGGGCUUUUCGGAGCAUUUGGAUUUCGGAGCGACUCUGGUUUUGCGAGAGUUCGAGUGCAUGGGUGCAGUUGCCCAUCAGGAUCGUGUUCUCCCAACUGUAUGUUGACAAUUAAAAUUGAAACUGAUGGUGUGAACACACGCGUUACAAGUGAUUAAUAAAUACCUUCGUUGACGUGGACGUGAAGUAAAAGUGUAGGUGCAUAGUGUGUAUACGUAUAGCCACGAAAAGUUUACUCACGGGGAAAAGCGAAGAGUGGAAAAAGGGAGAGAGAAAAAAAAGGAAAAGGGAAAAUGCGUGUGCCCCCCGAGGCGAGUAAAAGAGGCGUCUGCUGCAUCCACCGUUAAUGUCUGUUACUACUAUUGGGUGUUAUAUGGGCACUGACGGCAGCAGCUGAGACCUGGAACACCAAAGUUCAGGGGAGAGGGCGAGCUUUGAAAAUUUUUAACGGAGGGAUUUGAGCUUUUUUUCAAAUCUCAUUUUCGAGCUCAAAGCAAAACAAAACAAAACAAAAAUAUAUAUUAAAUGUUUUGUUUUUCCUCUCUCUCCAACUGUUUUUUAACAUUACACAUCGCAGUAGUGGAUGUGUGCGCAAGGGCGAUAAUCCAACAGAUAGCAUAAAAGUUGAAGGACCGCAAGAAGAGCUCAUAUAUAUAUAUAUAUAUAUACACGCACAUCAGAGAGAGAGAGAGAGAGAGAGAAGGGGAAAUAAAAGUGUGCUCUAUUAUUUAUGUUUUACGAAUAAGUAUAAGUAUACAGUGUUACAAUAUUCAAGUGAGGUAUUCGCGCAUAAUAUACAUAUAAACAAGUGGAUGAUAAUUAAAGUACACCGAUGCCUGUGUCCGCACAAAACUUAUUCAAGCUCGACCGUCUAAGUUUGUCAAAUUUGUCUGCCAAUGCAUAAUACGAUGUAAUAAUAUGUAUUUGUACGCUGUGGCUUGUAAACAAUAAAACGUGUACACACGUAUGUAUGUAUAAAUUUAUAAUAUAAAAUGCAUGACGCACAGUUGUGGGUGCAAUUAUGAUAUAUGACACAAGAUGAAAGCGGAGGUGAACCAUCAAGUGUUUGUAGUUGGACGAUGACAGCUACGUGAAAGUGUAAAUAGUGAUAUAGGUAUAUAUACAUAGCAACAUCGUCAGCAUAAUUUGUGACAAGUGCGCCUGUGCUUGUGUGUUACUGUGUCAUCGGGGCACACAUAACAUAAUAUAUGAAUUUAUAACAACACAAGACUUCGCCGCAUCGUAGAUUUAGAUACACGUGAUAAUAUAAUAAAAAUAAACAAAUCAAAUAGGCCAAAAAAAUGGCGGAUCUCGAGGCGGUGCUCGCCGACGUGAGCUAUCUCAUGGCCAUGGAGAAGAGCAAGUGCACGCCGGCCGCCCGGGCCAGCAAGAAGAUCAUCCUGCCGGAUCCAAGUGUCCGGAGUGUCAUGCACAAGUACCUCGAAAAGAAGAACGAGGUGAACUUCGACAAAAUAUUUAAUCAAAUGCUAGGUUACCUUCUGUUCAAAGACUUCUGCGAGAACGCGGAAGAGCCCAUUCCACAGCUGAGGUUUUACGAGCAGGUCAAAGCGUACGAGAAACUCGAAUGCCCCGAGGAACGGCGGAAGCUCGCCCGAGAGAUCUACGACAAUUACAUAAUGAAGGAACUCCUGGCGCAUACGCACGAAUACUCACAAAGCGCUGUGGAGCACGUGCAGGAGUAUCUAUUAAAAAACGAAGUUCCCGUCAAUUUGUUCGAGCCGUACAUCGAGGAGAUUUUCAAUCACUUGAGAGGAGAGCCUUUCAAAAAGUUUCUUGAGAGCGACAAGUACACCCGAUUCUGUCAAUGGAAGAACCUCGAGCUCAACAUUCAACUGACGAUGAACGACUUCAGUGUGCAUCGGAUAAUCGGCCGAGGUGGUUUCGGCGAGGUGUAUGGCUGCCGUAAGGCCGACACGGGCAAGAUGUACGCAAUGAAAUGCCUCGACAAGAAGCGCAUCAAGAUGAAGCAGGGUGAGACCCUCGCACUCAACGAGAGGAUAAUGCUGUCGCUCGUCAGCACGGGGGUCGACUGCCCGUUCAUCGUAUGCAUGACCUACGCCUUCCACACGCCUGACAAGCUCUGCUUCAUCCUCGACCUAAUGAACGGAGGUGAUCUGCACUACCACCUCAGCCAGCACGGGGUCUUCAACGAGCCCGAGAUGAAGUUUUACGCCGCGGAGGUGAUACUCGGUCUCGAGCACAUGCACCGGCGCUUCAUCGUCUACCGGGACCUCAAGCCUGCCAACAUACUUCUCGACGAGCACGGCCACGUCAGGAUAUCCGAUCUCGGACUGGCUUGCGAUUUCUCGAAAAAGAAGCCACACGCCAGCGUGGGCACGCACGGGUACAUGGCGCCAGAGGUGCUGUCGAAGGGAACGGCUUACGACUCGAGCGCUGACUGGUUCUCGUUUGGCUGUAUGCUAUUCAAGCUGCUCAAGGGCCACAGUCCGUUCAGGCAACACAAAACUAAGGACAAGCACGAGAUCGACCGUAUGACCCUCACCACGAUUGAAUCACAUUUGCUCAUAACAAACAAAAAAUUUCAGGUGGAAAUGAAAAAGAGGGCGAAAAAACUCAAAUUCGACACGGACGAGAAAGGUUCAGACUGUAUAUUACACGGAUACAUGAGGAAACUCGGAGGGCCGUUCGCGAGCGCUUGGCAGACCCGGUACGCCAAACUUUAUCCCAAUCGGUUGGAGCUACAUUCUGAAUCGUCCACCACGAAAACCGAGUUGUUCUUCUUUGAUCAGGUCGAGGAGGUCAGUCCGGACUUGCAGACAGUCAAAGGGGAACAGUGCAUCAUCAUCUCCCUGCGAGUCAAAGAGGAACAAAAGAGCAAACUCGUACUGACGAAUCCUGACGAAAUAAGCCUAAAAGAGUGGUCGAUCUCGCUACGCUCGGCGCACAAGGCCUCGAUCGAGAUGUUGGGCAACAUGGCGCGCAAAGCCGGCAAAAUCUACGGCACCCAGCACGACACCGUCAUACCCGCGACGCAACGCUCGACCAACGGCAACUAGCCCGCGCCAGCAGCCCACCACCACCGCCACGACAACCACUCCGCCUCGUCCUCCUCCACCUCGUCGACGCUAUCUCUGACCUCGUCGUCCUUUUAAUCGAGAGCCCACUGCCCCGUACACAUACUGUUUAGCAGUAGCGUGUACAAACACCUACGAGACCCAACCUUUUUUUAUACCGAUCGAGGACGAUGACUAUUACGCCGACAUUCGAGAUCGCGUUCUCGAAUAAACAAAGCGAUGGAGUGCGAUCAUUGGAUAUUUGUAUUUAAGUAGGCUUAUCGAGGCGCCGUUUUUUUUAAAUAACGAACGUUCAAACGUGCAACCGUUGUUUAGCCAUACUUAAGAAUGUUAGGUAUAUACUUGAUAAUAUAUAUAUACAUAUAUGUGUAUUGUCGCUCUCUCUCUCUCUAUCUCUCCGUUGACUUGAUUCUCAAGCGAAAUGUAGGCUGUCGAAAGUUUUUUUUUUUUAGAUUUUCAACCGAAACAUAUAUAUAUAUGCAUGUGACAAGCCAUUGUUGCUCACAAUAUUGUUUAUUUCGGAAACUAAACGACGAGUUUCGUAAGGUCCGUUGGUCUAGACAAGUAUUGCAGGAAACGUAUAUUUCGGAAGUGACUUCAGGUACUCUGUUUUGGAAACGCAAGCAAACGGUUCGAAAAGUGAAUGAGAAAUAACUUUACUCGUAUCUGUAGUCCGUACAAGCUCUCGAGUCAUUAGAUAUGUGUGUGCGUGUGUGGGUAUUGAGAAUAAAUUUUGUAAAUAGAUUUUCGUGAAGGAGAGCUCGAGACUUGUUUUCAAA